UGUUUUGCACCGGCCAUGUACGCGUCGACAUUGCGCUUGAUAGCGGACUGCAUUGCAUGUGUGUGAAGAAAAAUAUUGAUGAAAUAUUAUAAUUGUCGUAGAUACCACGUAUAAAGUAUACAAAACUAUUGCACAAUGGCGAGCACGAGCGACAAAGAGGACGUACAAAUUUGUUUCACCACGAAACAAGCACAAUACGCCGUACCGGAUUAUACUCUAUUGGUGCAGUCUUCGAUAGAUACAAAUGGAUUAAAUACUCUUGUGUAUGAACUUCUGAAAGAGUCAAAUGUUAAGCAAAGCAAAAUACAGUUUGACUUCAUAAUAGCCUCUGAAUUACUGCGUACUUCCUUGUUGGAACAUAUCGCUAAAAAAAAUGUUGCUACUGAAGAUAUCAUAGAAGUACAAUAUGUGGAGAAAUAUCCUCCACCUGAGCACAAAAAUUGUAUCACACAGGACGACUGGAUAUCAGCUGUUGCUGUUUAUGGAAAAUGGAUCUUAACCGGUUCCUAUGACAACACUCUGCACAUCUGGACGACGAAGGGUGAACAUUUGCUGGUAAUUCGUGGACAUGAGGCUGCCGUCAAAGCAGUAGCGUGGCUGUCCGUUUACGACGACGAGGCCUCUUUCGUCAGCGCGUCGGCCGAUCAGACGGCUAUGAUAUGGCAGUGGAAUAUCGAGAAGAAUUCGGUGAAAUGCGUGCAUGUUUGCGAAGAACACAAAAGGGGUCUGCUGGCAGUUGGUGCGAAUCCCGACAAAUCGCUAAUAGCCACCGGCGGCUGGGACACGAUGCUGAAAAUUUGGUCGACAUCUAUGCAGGAUGAAACAGAGGAUGGGGAAUCCGCGUCGAAGAUGAUAAAAGCGAAGCAGAGUAAAACGAAGCUCCCACAAUGCACUUUGAUGGGGAACAUUGAGACAAUCACGGGCAUCGUGUGGUCCGAUAAGACGACCAUCAUCACGUCGUCCUGGGACCACACUCUGAGGAUCUGGGAUUCCGAGCUGCGCGGCAUCAAGGACGAGUGCUUGGGCAAUGAGCCCUUCUUGGACGUCGACUACUCACCGCUGACACGCACCAUAAUAGCACCGUCGUCCGAUAAUUUCAUAAAGCUAUUCGACCCAAGGUCUUCAGAGAGUAUGUACCCGAAGACGGUGUUCAAAUCUCAUACACAGUGGGCGCAGUGCGUGCGCUGGUCAACCGUGAACGAGUAUCUCUUCGUUUCGGGAGGGUACGAUGACUUAGUCAAGCUCUGGGACACCAGAAGUCCCACAAUGCCGCUCUACGAUCUCAGAGGACACACGGACAAGGUCCUCUGCUGCGACUGGUCGGAAUCUAAGCUGAUAAUGUCCGGCGGGGCGGACAACACCUUAGAGAUAUUCAAGACGGAAGCUCGCUAACAUCGCGACACGCAAUGAUGAUCGUUGUGUAAUGCGGAAACGCGGGAACCCGUGUAGAGUUGUUCGUGCGUAUUUCGCAUCGGCGAGUGUUAUUUAAAAUUAUUAGAAAUGUCUUGUACAUUUACUAUUAUAAUAAAAUAUGUCGUAAUAUAAAA